GGAGACGAUACGACUGCUGCAGGCAGCAGUUUCUUCUUGUCUUUGUUGGGAAUCCAUCAACACAUCCAGGAUCGUGUUAUCCAAGAACUGGACAAAAUCUUUGGAGAUAGUGACAGACCAGCAACAUUUCAAGACGCUUCAGAAAUGAAAUAUUUGGAAAAAUGUUUGAGGAUGUACUUACCAGUACCCAUCAUUGCUAAACAGAUUCAGGAAAACUUAAAAUUAUGUAAAAGACAAUGGUUACUAUCAGGAGGUGGAGUCGUUAGAUAUUCAUCGGCUCUUCGAUGCUCACUUAAAGCCCUUACAGUUCCGAAUCCUGCGGCAAUUCUGAUUUGCGCCUUAGUAAUGGUUUUUCUUUGUUGCGAACAUUACGAAUCUAAUAAUGAACAUUAA